UACGCAUGCGUGAAAGAAUUGCCGGGUGGCAUCAUUCUUCUAGCGAAACUCGUAAGGAUAGCUAAAGCAAAAUAGAACGAGGCAUCUAUCAAGCUAGAUAUAAGAAAAUUCCUGGAUUAGAGUGUUACACCACAACCUAUAAAGAUGUCGGACGAUGAGAUGAUAUUUGACCCAGCAAUGAGUAAGAAGAAGAAAAAGAAGAAGAGGCAACCCUUCCAGGAAGAGGGAGGAGAUGGAGCAACUGAUGAGCUCCAGCCUGAGACCAAUGCGACCGAGGGAGAUGGUGGUGAUGAGAAAGACCUGGACCUAGAUGAGGAUGAGGGGAGGAAGAAAGAUAUGUCUGAUGACCUCGAUGACCUCAAUUUCUUCAACCAGAAGAAGAAGAAAAAGAAACAAAGGAAAGACAAGAUAUUUGAUAAUGAGGUGGAGGAGGGAAUGAAGGAACUGAAAAUUGAGGAGGAGCCUUCUGAGGCGCUAGAUGAUGAUGACCUGUUGCUGCUGGGAAAGAAGAAAAAGUCAAGGAAGGUGGAAUUUCUGGACGACAUAGACAUAGAGAAUGGCCAGGAAGAUGAGGAGAGCAAAACCAACGACGACAUCAUGUUCAGCACACAGACGGGUCCAGAUUGGGCCGGUUCAGAGAGGGACUACACGUAUGAUGAGCUCCUGAACCGGGUCUUUAACAUCAUGCGUGAGAAGAAUCCAGACAUGGUUGCUGGGGAGAAAAGGAAGUUCGUCAUGAAGCCGCCUCAGGUAGUCCGGGUGGGCACGAAGAAAACCUCCUUCGUCAAUUUCACAGACAUCUGCAAAUUAUUGCAUCGGCAGCCUAAACAUUUAUUGGCGUUUUUACUGGCUGAGUUGGGAACAUGUGGAUCUAUAGACGGAAAUAAUCAGCUUGUCAUCAAGGGCAGAUUCCAACAGAAACAGAUAGAGAAUGUCUUAAGAAGAUAUAUAAAGGAGUAUGUGACGUGCCAUACAUGUCGCUCUCCCGACACCAUCUUGCAGAAGGACACUCGGCUGUACUUUCUGCAGUGUGAGACGUGCCACUCCCGCUGCUCGGUGGCCAGCAUCAAGACCGGCUUCCAGGCAGUCACUGGCAAACGGGCACAGCUCCGGGCCAAAGCCAACUAACCCACCCAUCCCCCGUGCCCGUGCCCCUACUCCCACCCCCUCCCCUGGCCGCCUCUUUUCCCUCCAUUACCUCCAGGUGUGGAGGAGAGCAUGUGGCAGGGCUCUGGGAUUUUUAUGGACUGUUGAUGGAUUCAUUACCACUGCCUUGCCUACAACAACAGCAAAAUAAUGCUUAAAAAGAGAGAAAGCGGAAUCAAUAAAAUGCUUAUAAAUUGGA